AUUCUGGUUUAUCAAUCUGAACUAUUUACUGUCUUUAUUUUAGAUAUGAUGGAAGUGAAAGAGGAGAGUCAAGCUGAAGUGGAUGAGAAACAUCAGAUUGUAAAAAUAAACCAUAAUGUUUCACAGAAAGAAACUCUGAAGACAGAAGACAUAAAGUGUGAAAAGAGUUUCAGUGAAGAUGAACGCCCUGUAGAUCACAAGAGGACUCACAGUGAAGAGAAACCUUUCACAUGUCAACAGUGUGGAAAGAGUUUCAGAACAAAAGUUAACCUUAAAGCACACAUGAGGAUUCACACUGGAGAUAAACCACACGCAUGCCAUCACUGUGAAAAGAGUUGUACAACUGCAAGUGUUCUUAAGAGACAUUUGAGAAUUCACACCAGAAAGAAACCUUACACUUGUCAACAAUGUGGAAAGAGUUUCAAAGUUGAAUCUAGCCUUAAGAUACACACAAGAAUUCACACUGGAGAGAAACCUUACACGUGUCAACUAUGCAGAAAGAGUUUCACCUUUCAAUCAGGCCUUAUAUUGCACAUGAAAACUCACAGUGGGGAAAAGCCACACGCAUGCCAGCAUUGUGACAAGAGUUUCACAACUGCAAGUACACUUAAGAUACAUUUGAGAAUUCACACUGGAGAGAAACCUUACACGUGUCAACAGUGUGGAAAGCGUUUCUCAUUUAUAUCCAGCCUUAAGAUACAUGCAAGAAUUCACACUGGAGAGAAACCGUUCACAUGCCAUGAGUGUAAAAAAAUUUUCAGAAAUAAAAGUAACCUUGCAACACACAUGAAAAUUCACAGCGAAAAGAAACCUCACGCAUGUCUUCAGUGUGAAAAGACUUUCAGAGAUAAAACGAGACUUGAGAUUCACAUGAGAAAUCACACUGGAGAGAAACCUUACAUAUGCUCUCAGUGUGAAAAGGGUUUUACAAGUGAAGUCGGCUUUAAGAGACACAUGACAGUUCACACUGGAGAAAAGCCGUUUGCAUGUCAACAGUGUGGAAAGAGUUUUACAAUGAAAUAUGACCUGAAUGCACACUUGAGAAUUCACACUGGAGAGAAACCAUACGUGUGUCAACAGUGUGGAAAAGGUUUCAAGACAAAAACAAACCUUAAUGCACAUUUGAGCACUCACACUAAAGCGAAACCGUUCACAUGCCAUGAGUGUAAAAAGAGUUUCAAAACAAAAGCUACCCUUAAAAAACAUGCAAAAUUUCACACUCAAUAGAAAUCAUUCAUGUGCAGGGCCGGAGUGCGACUCAUUUUCAGCCCUGGAGUUUUAUGCCUUAGACCGGCCCAAUUUAGUUCACGACUGACUAUAAUAUCAGUGACUAUAUAGCUGUAGUAUCUAUAAUAUCAGUGACUAACAUAACUGACUGAUAUAAUAUCAUUACAUGCUCAGUAGUAUACAGUAUAAGUCUGCAAUGGUGCACCGUUCUCUGCAGCCUUGCAAUUCAUUGUAUUUUUCAAAUAUAUCAUUUCCAGUUCAAUGCAAAUACGAUUUUUGCCAUAAUCGUGUGGCCCCAUAGUUUAUAAACUUAUUCAAAAACUAGAAAUGUAGAAAUGAAUACAUAACUAAAUACAUAGAAAAAAAGAGAGAAAAAGAAAAAAGUAGAGAACAACACAUGAGGGAUGUAAUACAUUUUAGUGCCGUGGCAAAAAUAAUUUGUAAUAAAUAUAUUUUAGCUCUACCCUCAAAGCCCUCUGGGCGCACACCCAGAUGGGCAAUUCUAGGGUCUUCUGGGAUUUCAAAAUGGAAGAUUUCUUUAAGGGCAGCGAAUAUAUCUUUCCAGUAAUUUCUUAAUUUUGGACAUGACCAUAAAAUAUGGGUUUGGUUGCCAAUAUGCUGGCCACAGUUUCUCCAGCACUUGUCUGAGCACGAAGGAUUCCAUUUUGAAAUUGUCUGUGGAGUUUGGAAAAAUCUGGUUAUUAUCUUCCAUUUGAAUUCCCUCCAAUUAUUAGAGUUGGUCACAAGGUGUACCUCACUGCAAACUUCCUCCCAAGUUUCCAGAGGAACUGUUUAUAUGUAUAUUCUCCUUUAUAUGUAAUGUAUUAUUUGGGUUCUUCAAUAGAAAUAAUAUAUAUACUCCAGAAAUUCUUUUUUUGAUUGCAUGUCCAUUUUGUAUUUCUUUGAAAAGCAAUUCUACUGGAGAGGGUUUUUUCAUGAUUUUGUUGUAAGGAUAAUUGUAAGUAUCUAAAAAAUUCAGACCUUGGGAGUGUAAAUUCUUUUCUAAUCUGGUCAAAUGAUUUAGGUGUCAUUGUGAAAUAAUUGGUGAAGAUAAUUAAGUCCAUAUUGAGACCACUUUUUGAAACCCACAUCUGUCGAGAUGGUGGGAAGUUAUUGAGAUAUCCAAUACUUGCUGCUGAUGAAAUUUUAUUGGACAGACUACAUGAGGUUUGACCAAAUUAUGUUGAUUUUUAAAAGUCAUAUAAGCAUCCCGCAAUCAAAUGUGCUGCUACAUCAUGCAAAUUUUUGCAAACCUCCAUUUACCUGAAUAAAAACAAUUUUUACUUUGAAAUUGAUGCGCUGUCUUUUUGAUAUGACAGUACACUGCAAAAAAAUAUUUUUUAAGGAAACUUUUUUUUGUAUUUUUGCCUUGUUUUCAGUAAAAAUAUCUAAAAAUUCUUAAAUUGAGAUGCUUUUUCUUCAUGAGCAAAACGACCCAAGAAAAUAAGUCUAGUUUUUAGACCAAAAAUAUCAAAUGUAUUUGUGCAUAAAACAAGCAAAAAAUUAAAUUCAAUUCAAUUUUAUUUAUAUAGCGCUUUUCACAAUUGGUGAUUGUUUCAAAGCAGCUUUACAUUAAUAGAAGCAGUGGAAAGCACAGAAAAACGACAGAUAGCACAAGCAGCUAAAUUUGCUGCGGCUAUGAAUCAACAUUAUAAGCGUGCGUAUUGCUAAUGUAACGUAAAGGGGAAGGUGCUAAGUUAAGCCCAAGAAGGCUGCCUCCCCGGGUUGAAAAACCCCCUAGGAGAAAAAAACCCCAGGCUCAGCCGGGGAAGUAAAAAAAAAAUAUAUAUAGAUAUAUAUAUAUCUAUAUAUGUACACACAUACACACACAUGUACAUAUACGUAUUGAAGAUACAACGUCAUCCUAGUGAAAGACUCUGCACAGUUUGGUUUAGGGAGAACGAGAAAAAUGCACGGGACGGCGAAUGUUUUGGAAAUGGGUGCAGUGACACCCUUUUAAGGACUGAAGUCCCGCCCCCGACUAGUGGGCUUAACACCACACAUCUAUACUGCCCUCCAAAGGCUAAGUGCAGUAUCUACGCAAACACUGAAACUGAGAAAAAUGGCUUUAAAGUUUUUUACACCAGCCAGUCAAACAUGUAACUGCAAUUUUGGAACACACGUUUCUCUGAAAUGGGACAAAAUUGAACCAGGAGACUUUGUCACAAGACACAACAGAUCUCAAAAAGCCCAUUUUAACCCUUAACUCAAUUUUGACCAAAUGCGUAGUUACUGCGCUUUCGCUUUGUAGGGCAGUAUACCCAUCGUGCUUUAUUGAAAUCCGGACGAGCAAGGGAGUAAAGGGGAGAUGGGGACGUGACUGCGCCAGCCAUCUCCCUGAUGCCUGUCUGGGCUUCACAGUACUCCCCUACUCGACUCAGAAACCUCAGGAGAAGGGCCGAGCAAGUGAUAACAUAAUGCCAUACAUAACUUUCAAUCACUCCUCUGCGCUUGGCAAUUAAUGGCCCGAUUCGGGGUUUUAUUGGUGUAGUUUUGAAGUUUUGGCCUUGUAUUGUGGUUUGUAUGUGCACAGAGUAGCGUUUCUUUUCCUUAUAUGUAGCCUUUUCUAUUUUAUACGUGACAUUUGUUUUUGAAAGUUUAUGCCCGGCUCAUGGUUUGCUGCACAUAUGUAAACGAGUAAGGAGAGAUUAAACAUUUUUCUUAAGAAUAUUAAUAGCAUUUACCAUGCUUUGAAGUGUUGACGAAAAUGAGGAUUUAGUUUAUUUAUUUAUUAGGUUGUUCAAGCUAUCUAUUGUGAGAUGAGUACCAUUAAUAAAACAAUUAUGUGAAUGCCUUGUUAAAGAGAAAAGUUUUAAGUCUAGAUUUAAAGGUAUCUAUUGUGUCUGAUUCUCGGACAACGGUUGGCAAAUCAUUCCAGAGCUUAGGGGCUAAGUAGGAAAAGGAUCUUCCACCUUUAGACACUUUUGAUAUUUUAGGGAUAACUAAGAGACCAGAAUUUUGCGAACGCAGUGCACGUGAUGGAUUGUAUUCUGAUAAUAAUUCUCUAAGAUAUGAGGGUGCUAGGCCAUUUAAGGCUUUGUAGGUGAUAAGUGAUAUUUUAAAUUGUAUGCGAUAAUUAACUGGUAGCCAGUGUAAAGAUGCCAGAAUUGGACUUAUGUGGUCAU